GGAAAUUGAAGCUUUUGUUUUUUUGUGGCCACAUGCACUUGCACCUUGUUUAUUUGGCCCGUGUUGGCCUGUGAGUGUGACAUGCUUGGCUUAGAGACUUCCGGACUAAUGGUGAGGACGGAAGAGGCUGCAGAAUGAGUCCUGAUGGAGCCAGGACGUCAUCCGAGGGAUUUAUCAUGAACCAGGCCGGCUGUUCACAAGCGGGAGAGCAUCUCCCCCACGCUGAGGCCAGAUGCACAGGCAGUUUCCAGAAGCGUCCCAUGGCUCUUGCAACUCCGCACACAGCCCUGCUGUGAGACUGUCCUGAGGCUCAGUGAUGCGUGCAGGCUCAUGUGAGGCGUCGGCCAGGCAGGCUUGCCUGUCAGACCUGCUCGCCUGCUGCUGUUCAGCUCAGACCGCCCCAGCGUCCCUUCUGCAGGACGAGGAAGCACAGCAUGGAGCCGGUCCCACGGAGAGCAGGUCCGGCCAUGGCGGAGCUGCACCUCACGCACCCCUCGCUGGCAGCCCUGGACGAGGAGACGCUGUGGGAGAUGACGGAGAGCCACCGCCACAGGAUCGUGCGCAGCAUCUGCCCCAGCCGCCUCACCCCCUACCUGCGCCAGGCUAAGGUGCUGGGCCACCUGGCCAAGGAGGUGCUGCACAGCCCCGGUUCACCAACUCGGCCAUGAGAGUUGGUGAACCUGCGGGGGGUGGGCCUGUGUUAGUUUCUCUGGGGCCGCCCUAAUAAACUACCACAAAAUCGGUGGCCAGGGAACGCAGAACUGGGUUCUCUCAGUUUGGUGGCUGAAGAUCUGAAGUUAAGGUGUGGGCGGGGCCCCCUCCCUCCGGUGGCUCCAGGGGAGGACCCUUCCUGCCUCUUCCAGCUUCUGGCGGCCCCGUUGCUCCAGCCUCUGCCUGGUCUACAUGCCCUCUCUGCGUCUCUCUCUCCCUCUCUCUCCUGACACUUGUCCUUGGACAGGCCCCCCGCUCGUGGCUCACACCAAUUACACCUGCAAAGACCCUUCCUCCAAGUCAGGUCCCACUGGCCGGCUCCAGGCAGACACUCUUGGGGGCCAGCCCACCUGUUCCAGCCCAACUGACUGUGUUUAUUCAUUGAAAGCCGGGAAGUUCAUAGCAUCACCAUAUCAGCUUCUUAGGAGAAUUGAGUCAGUUUCUAAGAUACUUGUCUCAAAGCCCGGUCAGGGCCGGGAGGUGGAGAGCCGGCGGUGGGUGGUCAGGGCCGGGUGGUGGAGAGCCGGCGGUGGGCGGUAGCUUCUGACAGGAUACUUUCUGCCAGUUGCCUUAUGAUGGAGGUGGGGGGGGGGGGCGCCCUAGCUCCUUGCUCGGGGCACUGAGUGUCCUAUGUGGGGAGGACACCAUGUCCCCGCCCUCAGAGGGAGUAAUGGGUGCAGAUGGCCAAGCAGUGGGGUGCAGGGCACAACCAAGAAAGCACAUCCAGCACCUCUGCUGGUGCUGGAGGAACCUGCAGGCCGGGUGCCCCGUGGGGCCCAGGGGAAGGUGUGCAGGGCCCACGGGGCAGGGACUCGCAGGGAGACCCCCUCAGAUCAGUAGCCCACACCCUCCCAACAGGACCCCUAGCCAGCCCCCACCCCUCUGCCAGCCCAGGGAGGAAGGAGGCAGGGCCCCCCCACAGG